AUGUAUGUAACUGUUAACAGUGUUUGCAUUGUAUGUUUUUUCUCUAUAUUUCUGUGUGUUUUCUGUUUGUCCACUAAGGGGUCAGAGGAAGAGGAACAGCCGCUCAACAAGAGCAUGUCGUUAUUAGAGAGCCAACACCACCACCUAUUGCACUGUCUGGAGAAGACCACUGUGAGUCUCUAGUCCAACCAUGCUCUACAGAUGUAGAAUCUUAAUUUGAUCACCCUGAUGCAGGAAAUAUACAACUUGUAGUGUAUUUGAGGUUUAAAAAGGCUUCUGAAGUUUGUAAUUUCAACUUCGAAACUUGAUGUUACCUUACAUAAAAUGUAUCAACCUCUACAAAAAUGUCCACAUAAUAAUUCACAUUUCCUGUUGCUGCGGGAUUCUUUUCCUGCUGUAGCAAACUGUCUUAAAUUAAGAUCCUACAUCUGUAUGACUAGAAAACCAUACUCUACCAUACUCAAUUAAUAGAAAACCAUACUCUAACCAUACUUUACCAUACUCAAUGACUAGAAAACCAUACUGUAACCAUACUCUAACCAUAAAAAUUAGGAUUCUUCUGUACAAACCAUUUCAUAAAAAAAUUGUCUUAUUCAUUAUUCAAAUAAUGGAGACAUGUUUGUAUUUGUAUUUAUUAUGCGGUCCAGCAAAAUGAAGGCAGUUAUACAUUUAAAACACAUUACAAUACAUUCACAACAGAUUUCACAACAUAUUAAGUGUGUGCCCUCAGGCCCCUACUCUAAUCCACAUAUCUACAACACAAAAUCCAUGUGUACGUGUGUGUAUAGUGCGUAUGUUAUUGUGUGUUUGUAUGCAUGUGUCUAUGUUUGUGUUGCUUCACAGUCCCCGCUGUUCCAUAAGGUGUAUUUUUAUCUGGUUUUUUAAAUCUAAUUUUACUGCUUGCAUGAGUUACUUGAUGUGGAAUAGAGUUCCAUGUAGUCAUGGCUCUAUGUAGUACUGUGCGCCUCCCAUAGUCUGUUCUGGACUUGGAGACUGUGAAGAGACCUCUAGUGGCAUGUCUUGUGGGGAAUGCAUAGGUGUCCGAGCUGUGUGCCAGUAGUUCAAACAGACAGCUCGGUGCAUUCAACAUGUCAAUACCUCUCACAAAAACAAGUAGUGAUGAAGUCAAUCUCUCCUCCACUUUGAGCCAGGAGAGAUUGGCAAUAAAUGUUACACCCACAGAGCUGCAAUAGUCUCAUAGCCAUUUAUGGAGGGCUAAAAGUCUGCUGAACCGUUCAAUGCCAUGAUUUAGGGAGGGCAGAGAGCCAGGUAUUAUGGGGCGUUUGUUGGUGUCAGGUAGUGACCCAAUCAGUUUUUUAAAAUCCAUCUUCAGUUGUUUUGAGCUGCCCUUCAUAAUGUCAUUCGACCCCACAUGAAACAUGACAGUAUCAGCCCCCGGUGACUGACACACAGCCUCGGGAAGCAACCUGGUGAUAUCCUGAACUUUUGCCCCAGGUACAGAUCUAUGCCUCACCAUCGAACUCCCUAUCACAAUAGCUGGAAUGAUCUGGCCUCUGCCGUGUCUCGAAGCUGACUGCGAGGCCAGGAGGAAGAAGGCAGGCGCGCCGAGGACAAUUCUUCUCCUUCUUUCUGGUUCCGACACUAAUCCAUUUACGCUCACCUGGAGUCGAACAGUGAGCAGCCAUUUUCUGGUUCAAGCUAGUAGAGGGGUGCAGUGGAGUAAAUGGAUCAUAGUCCAGGAAGGUCCCAUUAUGAUCCUCUUGGAUGUUUUGAUAGGAAGCAUUUAAAGAUGCCGAUAGUCUCAUGGAAUCCUUAUUCAGUUCAAGGCGCUUGGUCAAAUGUUAUAUUUCUUCAUGAAGAGUAAAAAGCCUUUCUUUAGCUGCAUCAAGUUCAAUACAUUUUUCACAAAUUAAGGUAUCCAUCGGACCUUUCCCCGUGACAACUACGAACAUGUUGCAGAUUAUACACUUAAUAGCAACCGAGUCCCCAGCAGAUUCAAAUGAGUUUUCACUGCUGAACGCCGACAGUCCAAGGGAACAAACAUUUCCCAGCGCCGCCGGGGACUUAGAUGAUCCACGGAUGCCCCUACUCGCACAACUGUGUUGUUGUCUGUCUCUAAUUGAAUGUGAGAGCGAGAGAGAAGCGCAGGGGGCGUGUGAUGGCUGGGUCGGUUGUCAGUGGCAGGUCGCCGGCUGUUCCUUGCUACGCACCGGCCCGGCUGUGUGUUAGCGUUUGGUCUAGCCUCUCAGAGCGUGUCCCCAGUGUCUGUAGUCAUGGGGGAUACAAAACAUACUGUUACAUUAUGUACUGGCCAACAAUUGGAGUCACACUCACACGCUGGAAAUAAGCAAAUUCCUUUAGUAGUCCUAUAGAGAGCAUUGUAUGAGUUGAGCUCUUGGUAGCCUGGCUCGCUUGUUGGUAUCCAGGUACUAAAGCGUCCGGUGUGAAAAAGUUGAAUGUAAAUAGUUGAGCGAAGAAAAAUCGAAGACGUCGGUAAAUGUGUUAAAUGCAGAGUUUUGAUUAAACGGUUAUUAAAAGUAAACAUUUUGGCAGGUAGCCAAGUCGCAACAAGCAGCAUGACAACGCGGAAGUGUGACAUCUUCCCACUGUGAACAGAGGGGCAGUGUAUUGUUAUCCAAUGUUGUUAUUGAGAUAGGAGAUGACAAAGUGCCACUGCUAAAUCAUUGCCGCCACUCCCUUCCCCCCCUUGAAAAUAGUUUUCAGUAUAGUAAAACGUGUUCUGUAUAAACUUAAAUGACUAAAACCAGAUAUUGAGUAUGUACAAAAGUAAAUUAACCUAUAUAUAUGUUUUAAUAAGAUCGUCUUUGAGAACUAAUAAUCACCUAAAUAAAAAGUAGACAGCAGGGACAAUCUAAAAUUCCAAAAAUGUCAUGCUCGGGGGCCAUAGAUUUUGUUAUGUUUGAGUCACUCAGAUAGCAUAAGCACACGGCAUAAGCCACAGCAAACUGUGUAGAAUUGCAGAACAUUUUAUUUAAAACAGAUUUUUGUUUCUCAGCCCCAUGGCAAAAUGUGUACAAUUGCAGGAAACUAGCUUUAAAACCGUAAAAUGUUCUCUCCCCCCAGCAAAAGGAUGCCCCCUGGAGCACCCCACCCAUGCUAACCUUGCCACCACUGCUGAAAACAAUCCUAGGGGAAACACUGGUUGACCUGUUACCUAGCAUGGAACACAUCCUCUGAGGUCUUAUUUUAUAUAGUGAUAACAACUAUUAUAUCACUAUAUAAACCUUAUAUAUUCACUUAUAUAGUGUGAAUAUAUAAUCAACCCGGCAGCAGCUGUCUUUUGAUCCCUCUCCUCCUCCGCAGGCCCAUGAGUUUGUGGAUGAGCAGCUGUAUGAGCAGAACUGCCUGGAGACCACGGUCCAGAGCUACACCUCCCGCAGCCCCUCCUUCUCCAGCCAGGACGGGCCCAUAGGCACCUGCUGUACCCGCCGGGGGAAGAUGAACUCCCCCCUGCCCAACUCCAGCCUGCCCCUGCAGCCCAGCCAUCAGCAGGGCCUACUACAGGAGCUCAGCGCCCUGCACAUCCAGUGUGGGGAUAAGCUGCCGCAUACCACCAGGUUAGAGACUGCAGGCAGCCAGGCACAUGGAUACAGGUUGAAGUUGACACAAAUCUACAAUCAACUUAUGGAGGAAAUCCCUUACCAUGAAUAUACUAAACUGAUCUUAGAUCAGUGUCUUAGGGCAACUUCAUCAUACUCAGCACAGAUGUGGCCCAGCGUCGUCCGGGUUUGGCCGGUGUAGGCCGUCAUUGUAAAUAACAAUUUGCUCUUAACUGACUUGCCUAGUUAAAUAAAGGUAAAAUAAAUGUGUGUCAUGCACACAUGCUGUCCCCAUAGAAAACACUAGAGGGCACUGUAGGAUCGUAUCGAUUGCUUUUGUUACAACAAGUUGUUGGGCCGUUUGUAAAAUGACUGCACUUUUACAGUAUUUUUCCACCCUCUCCCUCCCUCUGUCUGUCUGUGUCUGUCGCUAUCUCAUUACUCUCUCAUUCUUCUCUCACACUCUCUCUCUCUUUCUCUCAGUCGCUCCAGUCUCAACAUGAAGACAGACGAGAUGGGCCUGAUCAACUGCAAGGGCAGUCAGAUCACCACGGCGAUCAUCAGCAUCCCCAUGGCCCCCUCCGACACCACUGACGGGGACGGUCUCCACGGACCUCCCCAGCGCAGACCCCCCCCACCCCCCAUCGGCCCACAGGCCCCGAGCAUCAACACCACCGCCAGCUCUAAUGUCAUUAAAGUGUCCGCUCUGUGA